UACACGUCUGCGCUGACGUAUGACGGCGUGAUGGUGAUGGCCGAGGCCUUCAGGACGCUGCGCAGUCGAAAGGUGGACCUGUCCCGACGGGGGAACGCCGGGGACUGCCUGGCGAACCCCGCCGCCCCUUGGAACCAGGGCAAAGAAAUGGAGCGCACCCUGAAACAGGUCCAGCUGCAGGGACUAACAGGUAAUGUUGAGUUUAACGAGUUUGGUCAGAGGAUCAACUACUCCAUGGACGUGUUUGAGCUGAAGAACAACGGACCCAGAAGGGUAAGACUUGAAGACGAGCACCAG